AUGCUCAGUAUCUUUUUGCCCAUCAAUGGAAGUUUAGCACAAAAUCAGCUGCUACAGCACCAACAACAGCUGCUAAUUGAUGUCCAUGCAGUUGCCAGUGAUCACCAUAGUAGUAUUAUUCAAGACUUUAGAAAGCCAAGAAGUGUUGUCUUUUGUGCAAUGAUGGGCGGUUCCUCCCAUGUAAAUUGGGUACUUGCAACUUUACAAGAAUUGAAUAAUCGGGGACACUCAACUACCUUCAUUGCAAGAGAUGACCAUAUUAUGUUUGGAAAAAAGUACCCGGCGAUCAAUGGUAUAUCAGUAGGUUCUCCUUAUUUUCCAAAGGAGGAAAUGAAUACAGUGAUGAAAGAGUUACGCUCAAAGCCACCAAUAAAAGCCUAUGUUGAAUUGUUGGAAGGAAUUGGUCGAUAUUUUGUUGAAGAUUAUCUCGCCUUAUUGAAAAUUUUCGAAGUCAACAAGUUUGAUCUGGUCAUUUGCGACCAUUUCACUCUGGUUUGCAAUGAGGUUGCUAUCAAACUUGGUCUUCCAUUCGUUGUCACAUCUUCCAUACCAUAUGGUGAUGACGCAUCUGCUCCUUAUGUUAACAAUCAUAUCUUGAGCCAGGAGCAUCCUACCACUCUUAAGUUGUCUUUAUGGCAGCGCAUAAACGAUUUAUUCAUCAAACCUCUUCAAUUUUUGUAUUACCAGCGUCAUUACAUCAGAGAACGAGGAAAACUUAUGACUGCACUUGGUCUUGAACCGAGUUGGAAACCGGAAGCAAAAUGGGCUGAUGCGUUGAAGGUUUUCAAUACUGGCUUUGGAUUCACCCCACCACGCCCUAUGAGCCCUCUCGUUGAGUUGGUAGGCCCCAUAGUCACCAAUAUACAAUCAAAAUUAACACCUGAGCUAGAAGAUUUUUUACAACGCCAUCAAAAAGUCGCUUAUGUCGCCUUUGGUCAAACUGCUGUCUGCGUGAAGAAAGACAUUCAACUGAUUUUGACUGGAUUGUUGGAAGCUUAUGAAGCGAAAGAAAUUGAUGGUAUUAUUUGGAGCACACGUAAUUUAAAAGAUGAAUUUCCUGAUUUUAUAACUUUGCAGGGAUCAAACACAACUUAUGAUAUACGGGCUAUCUUGUCAGCAUCGUCUUCAUUGACUACGACAACAAUAUCUUCUUCAAAUAAGGAAAGUAAUACUCAUUCAAAAGACUUCCGUUUUCUAAACUGGCUCCCACAAAUGGCUAUCUUGAGACACGCUUCGACAGCUAUUUUUGUCACUCAUGGUGGCUCAAACAGUAUCAGCGAAGCCAUGUAUGCGGGCACACGUAUCGUAGUGUAUCCAUUUUUUGGCGACCAGCCUGGUAAUGCAAGAACAGCCGAAAAGAAUGGUAUUGGUCUUCGAGUGAGUGCGAAGGAGCAUUCACUAGAGCAAGCAAUCGGUAUCAUUCGUCGAGUGGCUCGGGACGAUAGAGGAUAUUUUCAAGCAAACGUUGACCGUAUGAAAGUACUCGUGCAGCUGAGAUCUAAGCAUGGCGUGACAAAAGCGGCAGAUUUAGCAGAAGAGGUUAUGUUCAUGCAAAUUGGCGGGAAAUUGCCCCAUCGACGUGAUGUAAAACGAGAUAUGUUUUGGUGGAAAGCCUACAAUGUAGAUAUUUACAGUAUUUUGGUCUUGAGCGUUAUGAUGAUUAUUUGGUUAGUGCGUGGUUGCUUUCUGUAUUUGCAAAGAAGCAAUUACACCAAUACGAAGCUUAAGUCUUUGUAA